AUGGUAUAUCCCCGGAGAAGAAGUACCGGAGCCCGGCGCCUGCUGCUCUCGCUUCUGCUCCUCGCAGCCUGGGAGGCUGGGGUCAGCCAGGUCCGCUACUCGGUCCCCGAGGAGGCCAAGCACGGCGCCUUCGUGGGCCGCAUCGCGCAGGACCUGGGGCUGGAGCUGGCGGAGCUGGUGCCGCGCCUGUUCCGCGUGGCGCCCAAGGGCCGCGGGGACCUUCUGGAGGUGAAUCUGCAGAAUGGCAUUUUGUUCGUGAAUUCUCGGAUCGACCGCGAGGAGCUGUGCGGGCGCAGCGCGGAGUGCAGCAUCCACCUGGAGGUGAUCGUGGAGAGGCCGCUGCGGGUUUUCCACGUGGAGGUGGAGGUGACGGACAUUAACGACAACCCGCCAAGGUUCUUCCGACAAGAACAAACAUUAUUUAUUUUAGAAUCAAGAACAGUCGAUUCCCGGUUUCCGCUAGAGGGCGCAUCUGAUAUGGAUAUAGGAGCAAACGCAGAACUGAGAUACAAGUUAAAUUCUAAUGAAUAUUUUCAUUUGCAUGUGAAAACAAAUGAAGAAGAAACAGACUUUUUGGAGCUAGUGUUGAAGAAGCCAGUAGAUAGAGAAGAAAUCCAAGAACAUCGUUUAUUAUUGAUUGCGGUUGAUGGAGGAAAACCUGAACUAACAGGUACUGUUCAGUUAUUGAUCAAUGUAUUGGAUGCAAAUGACAAUGCCCCAGAAUUUGAUAAAUCAAUUUAUAACGUUAGAUUACUGGAGAAUACACCGAAUGGGACGUUAGUUAUUAAACUUAAUGCGUCAGAUGCAGAUGAGGGUCUUAAUAAGGAAAUAGUGUACCUCUUUAGUAAUCUUGUUCUUGACAAGGUGAAAUCUAAAUUCAUAAUCAAUUCCAAUAGUGGGGAAAUAACAGUUAAGGGAGAACUGGAUUAUGAAGACUGUAAUUUAUAUGAAAUCAAUAUUGAUGCUGUAGAUAAAAGUACAUUCCCAUUAACUGGACACUGUAAAGUAAUAGUGAAACUUCUGGAUGAGAAUGAUAAUACCCCAGAGAUGGCCAUAACUUCCCUGUCUCUGCCUGUCCAAGAGGACUCUCCACUGGGCACUGUCGUUGCUCUGAUCAGUCUGUCCGACCGAGACUCUGGUGCCAACGGACAGGUGACCUGCACCCUGUCGCCACAUGGUCCCUUCAAGCUGGUGUCCACCUUCAAGAAUUAUUAUUCGCUGGUGCUGGACAGCGCCUUGGACCGCGAGAGCGUGCCAAACUAUGAGCUGGUGGUGACAGCGAGGGACGGGGGCUCUCCAUCUCUGUCGGCCACAGCCAGCGUGUCCGUGGAG